CCUUAAAUUUUUGUAGUGCGCAGUUCAAACCUGCCCUCCAAUUUUUCUCCUUUGCAAUCUCCGCCAUCUCUCGGCGUCGCCGCCCGUCGUUGCUGGCGGUGAUUGUUCCUGCACUCCGUCGGAUCUCCGACCUAUGAGUCCUUCCCUCUCCUCUCUUUAUUGAAAAACUCAAAAAAGAAAAAAUUAGAAAAUUUCGUUGAAAAAAGAAAUUCUGAAUUUCAUCAUCUAUCUCGCUUUCGGUCAAGCAAUUAAAUCUGUUUGUGAUUUUAUUUCUUUUCCUUUGAUUUUGAUAAUAAAAAGAGGAGAGGGAAGUAAUUAGAAAAAAAAACCAAAAAAAUUACAAACUCUUCGAAAAAAAUAUUUUGUCUGUUGUAUUAGGGCUUUUUUUGGUUGAAUUGAUGGCAGCGCAGGUUCAGAUGCAGCCUCAGGUGCAAGUGGUGAAUGCCGCGUCGUCUGGCGGCGCGCCGUUCGUGACUUCUCUGUACGUCGGCGAUCUCGACGCGAACGUCACCGAUUCCCAACUCUACGAUCUGUUCAGCCAGAUGGGGGAUGUGCUGUCGGUUAGGGUUUGUAGGGAUUUGACUAGCCGGCGCUCGCUCGGAUAUGGCUACGUCAACUACGGCAACCCUCAAGAUGCUGAGAGAGCAUUGAUAGACCUCAACUUCACUCCCCUCAAUGGAAAACCCAUUAGGAUAAUGUAUUCUCAUCGAGACCCCAGUGUUCGCAGAAGUGGUGCUGGAAAUAUAUUUAUUAAGAAUCUGGACAAGGAAAUUGACCACAAAGCUCUGCACGAUACAUUUUCUUCCUUCGGUAGCAUCCUGUCGUGCAAAGUUGCAACAGAUUCUUCUGGUCAGUCCUUGGGCUAUGGUUUUGUGCAAUAUGCUAGUGAGGAAUCUGCACAAAAAGCUAUUGAGAAGCUCAAUGGCAUGCUAUUGAAUGGGAAGCAAGUAUAUGUGGGACCUUUCCUUCGCAAGCAAGAAAGACAGAUGUCAAUAGACAAAACCAAAUUCACUAAUGUGUUUGUGAAGAAUUUGUCUGAAUCAACAACUGAAGAAGAUCUUCAGAAGGUAUUUAGUGAAUUUGGACCAAUCACCAGCAUAGUUGUGAUGAGAAAUGAAGAUGGAACAUCAAAAUGCUUUGGAUUUGUUAACUUUGACAAUUCGGAUGAUGCUGCUAGAGCUGUUGAGUCCCUUAAUGGCAAGAAAUUUGAUAACAAGGAAUGGUAUGUUGGGCGAGCCCAAAAGAAAUCUGAGAGGGAGCUAGAAUUGAAACACCGCUUUGAACAGAGUGUGAAGGAAGCAGUUGACAAAUCACAGGGGUCAAACCUAUAUGUGAAGAACUUGGAUGAUACCAUUGAUGAUGAUAAGCUGAAGGAAUUGUUCUCUCCAUUUGGUUCGAUAACUUCAUGCAAGGUGAUGCGAGAUCCAAAAGGAAUUAGCAGAGGAUCAGGCUUUGUUGCUUUUUCAUCGCCUGAAGAGGCUUCUAGAGCUCUUUCGGAAAUGAAUGGCAAGAUGAUUGUUAACAAACCUCUUUAUGUUGCACUUGCUCAACGGAAAGAAGAUAGGAGAGCACGGCUACAGGCUCAAUUUGCUCAAAUGAGGCCAAUUACAGUGGCACCUACUGUUGCACCUCGUAUACCGAUGUAUGCUCCUGGUGGUCCUGGUCUGGGGCAACAGAUAUUCUAUGGACAACCUCCACCUGCCAUUAUUCCUCCCCAACCUGGGUUUGGGUAUCAACAGCAACUUGUACCUGGUAUGAGGCCUGCUGGGCCUCUUAUGCCCAAUAUGUUUGUGCCUAUGGUCCAGCAAGGUCAGCAAGGUCCACGUCCUGGUGGAAGGAGAGGUAAUGCUGUUCAAAUGCAACAGGGCCCACAGCCAGUUCCCGUAAUGCAACAGCAGAUGGUUCCAAGGGGACGUGGUUAUCGCUACCCUCCUGGACGUGGCAUGCCUGAUGUUUCCUUGCAAGGUGUGGCUGGAGGGAUGAUUUCAGUACCAUAUGAAAUGGGUGGCUUGCCAUUGCGUGAUGUGGGGAUGCCUCAGCCAAUUCCCAUUGGAGCUUUGGCAUCUGCCCUUGCAAAUGCUUCUCCUAGCGAACAGAGGACGAUGUUGGGUGAAAAUUUAUACCCACUUGUCGAACAACUGGAGCCUGAGACAGCCGCUAAGGUCACCGGCAUGCUUCUGGAAAUGGAUCAAACAGAGGUUUUGCACCUUUUGGAGUCGCCAGAAGCUCUGAAAGCUAAGGUAGCGGAGGCUAUGGAUGUCCUUAGGAAUGUGUCUCAGCAGCAGGCCAGCAACCCAGCUGAGCAAUUGGCUUCAUUAUCAUUGAACGAGUGAUCUUGUCUUUGGAUCACCUGCAGGAGAAGUGUAAUAAUGCUGGUUUGGAACAUUAUCACACUAAACUAUCAUACUGCCAAGGGCACUGGUUUUAAUAUGCAUUUCGUUUGAAGCGUGUGACGUGUUUAUGCAUUCUGCUGACUCUUUGAGGCUUGCCCAUAUUGGAUGUUUAGAUGUAUGGCUAUUGAAGCUUGUACUGGUUGUGGAUUUGUAUCUGAUAGGUGUAAAACCUGAUGCUUUUGAACACAGUUUGUUCAUGUUUCAUUUAUUAUAUUUCUUUCUUAAGAUUGUGCCAUGC